CAACCUAUUUUGACGAAGAUAAAGAUAUAUCUUUGGGAUGUUUAAGGUGGCGUCACUUGCUUACUGAGAAAAUAUAGAGAGAAAUAUUACAUUAACGCGUAUCGACCGAGCAAAAACAAUUUUUUCCCUCUUCGCUUAGACAUUUCAACAUUUUGACACAGCACUACUUUUUGGACAACAUUUAAAAACACAUAUUAUGGAAUUAUCACAUGAAAUACUUGAUACAAUAGAUAUUAAUGAUGACAAAGACGUGAUGGAAGUAUUAAAACAUGCUAUCAAUGGUGAAAGUGUUAUAGUAGAAUCAGAAGCUACAGAAGAUUCUAUAGGAACAGAAAUAGAAGAAAUUAUAGAAAUAAUAGAAGAAAUAGAAGAAGAGAAAGAAGAAAUAUCACAAGAUGAAAUUACUUUUAUUGAAAACAAAAAUGCCAAUAUUAAAACAGAAAUGGAAAGUUAUGCUUUUGAUGAAGACAAUUCAAUCUUCAAGACACAAUCUGAAAAAGAAUAUGAAAAGAAAAAUCAGUAUGAUAAACAUAAUAAUAAACAACUUAUAGCAUAUGAUGUACAUGAAGAUUGGCAAGAUGAAGAUAUGGAAGAAGAAGAAUGUCAAUUUGAAUUAAAUUUUGAACAUAAUUCAAAUACAUUAAAUCAUUGUACAGAAUCUUUGCAAGGACAAAGAAUAUUAAGUUGUGAUAAAAAAUAUGUAAAUAAUCAAACAAUUUCUUUACCAUUACAAACAAAUAAAUCAGAAUUGAGGGACAAUAUAGAAUCUUUGGAGAGAAUAGAAAAAUGUAAAUUAAAUCAGGAGUUUGAAAAUAAUAUGAAUGAUGAAAAUAUUGAUAAUAACGUAAAUCAUGAAAUUGUGAAGAAUGUUGAAAAUAAUUUAUUAUAUACUGUACUUGGUACAAAAAAACAAAGUUCAAUGAAAACAUUGCAACCAGAUAAACUUUCAGAUGCUCAUUAUAUUAAGAUGGAACAAUUAGAUGAAAAUACUAUACCAAUUGAAGGAACAAUUUAUUAUGAAGCUGAUAAUAUAGAAACAUUAUAUGUUGCACAGACAGUAGAUGAUAAUGAACAAUAUUCUUAUGAUACUGCAGUAAUAGAAAAUGAGGAACAAGUAUGGGAAACAAAUAACUCAGAUUCUAAUCAAAAUCAAGAAAAAGAAAAUUCUCAGAAUCAAAUAUUUUUACACGAAGAUGAAGAUGGUCAAUUAUACUAUAAAGAUGAAACUGGAACCUUACAACCAGUAUAUUUAACUGAAGAUGGACAUUAUGCUAUUGCAGAAAAUAGUAAUGAUUCUGAAAGUAAAGAAUCACAAAUUAAAUCUCAACAGAAUAUUAGAAAAAUGGAAGAAGAAUCUUAUUCUAUACCAGAUAAUGAACUCAAAUCUACUCAUAACAAUAAACAGAAUUCUAUAAUGUCUGCUACUGAUCUUGAUAAUGAAGACAAUACUGUAACUAUAUCUUUAAUAAUAUCUGAGGAUGAACAUGGACAAAAAAGGACACAAGUGAUUAUACCAACAACAGAUAAUUUAAAAUGUGAUAUCUGUAAUAAAAACUUUAAAACAUCACUUCAAUUACUUCGACAUAAUAGACUGAAACAUGCUCGUGAAGAAGAUAUUACAACAAGGAAUUUUCCAUGUGAUUUAUGUCCUAAAAGAUAUCCAGAUCAAAAUUCUUUAGCUCGUCACAGAAAAACUCAUACUGGUGAUCGACCAUUUCAGUGCCUCGAAUGUCAUAAAAACUUUCCAACAUCUACCGCUCUACGUCGUCAUUUGACACUUCAUAAUUCACAAUCUCGACCUCUUCCAUGCAUUUACUGCGGUCGUCGUUUCGUAGAUAAAGCUAGUUUGGUUAAACACGAGCAGUCGCAUUUGGCUGGUGAUCAGCGGACCCACACAUGCGAUGUAUGUCAUAAAUCAUUCUUACAUGCAACUGAUCUGAGUCUUCAUAAAAAAUAUCAUGAUCCUGAUAAGAAAUUUGACUGUAAUGUUUGUGGUCGAGAGUUCAACAGAUUGAACAAUUUGCAGAGACAUAUGAUGGUACAUCAACAACAAGGAGCAAACGAAGAAAUACUUUCUUGCGAUGUAUGUGGUAUCACGUAUAAAUUCAUGAGUUCAUUGACAAGGCAUAUGGUGACGACGCACAUGAAUCCAGAAAAAUUAAGACAACAAGCAGAAGAACAACGAAGGAAGCGCGAAAAUAAUUACCGUCGUUAUUUAGAAAAUCGAAAAAUUUAUGAAACUCAACAUUCAGGAGGAUAUGGAACCAAACGAAAUUAUCAUAAUACGCGUAUACUUAGUGGAAAUGACGAAGCAGCUUGAUUUACAUUCUUAAAUUACUAUUUAAUAACUUCCCAAAAAAGAACCAUAGUAAAACUAUAGUUUUUCAAAAUGAAAAGAAAAACAGAAAUAUAAUAAAUAUUUGCGUAUAAUAUAGAAAUAUUCCAUUAUCAUUUUUUUUGCUAUAUAUAAUUACAUAGAUAAAUAUUAAUUUAAUAAAUAUAUAAGUCGUGUAGUAUUCGAAAUAUUCAUGUAUCCUUACAAAAUUCAGAUAUAUGCUUUAUAGAAAAAUAUAGCAUAUGUAUGUGUGUUUAAAAUAGAAUAUGUACAUACAAAUACAAUUCAUUUUUAUUGUACACUAGGUAUUUACACUGUAGAUACUAUUGUUGUUAGUAAUGUUUCAAUAUAUAUAUAUUUUACUGUAAUUUUUAUGUAAUUAUAGUUAUAAUGUAGGUAAGUACAAAAUAUUGUACAAGAAAAGUAAAAAUUUAUAAAUCAAAUUUUCGUACAAAUAUCUUCAUAAGAAUUAUAAUUAUUAAUAUAGAAAAAUAAGUCAAAAUAAUUUUUUUAAUUCAAAUUUGUAUAAAAAUUAUUAAAAUAUGAGUAAGAGAAUAAUAUUAAUGUUUUGAUAUUUAUAUUAUUAAUUAUUCUCCUCUCAUUCAUUAUAUCAAAAUUUAAUUAUUAAUUUGAAUGUAAAAAUAUAUAUACAUAUAUGUAUAUGUAUAUGUAUUAAUAAAAAUUGAAUGUUAUGAAAUAAGAAA